AUGUUCUCCAGAAUCUCUGCUAGACAAUUCUCCUCCUCUGCUGCUUCCGCUUACAAGGUCACCGUUUUAGGUGCUGCAGGUGGUAUUGGCCAACCACUAUCUCUUUUGAUGAAGUUGAACCACAAGGUCACCAACUUAUCCUUGUACGACUUGAGAUUGGGUGCUGGUGUUGCCACUGACUUGUCCCACAUUCCAACCAACUCCGUUGUCAAGGGCUAUGGUCCAGAAAACAAUGGUUUGAAGGACGCCUUGACCGGCUCCGAUGUUGUUCUUAUUCCAGCUGGUGUUCCAAGAAAACCAGGUAUGACUAGAGACGAUCUCUUCAACACCAAUGCAUCGAUUGUCAGAGACUUGGCAAAGGCUGCUGCAGACCACUGUCCAAACGCCGUCUUGUUGAUCAUUUCAAACCCUGUCAACUCAACUGUCCCAAUUGUUGCUGAGGUUUUGAAAUCAAAGGGCGUCUACAACCCAAAGAAGUUGUUUGGUGUCACCACUUUGGACGUUUUGAGAUCCUCGAGAUUCUUGAGUGAAGUCGUCAACACCGACCCAACCACCGAAACCGUCACUGUUGUUGGUGGCCACUCUGGUGUCACCAUUGUUCCUUUAAUCUCCCAAACCAAACACAAGGACUUGCCAAAGGAAACCUAUGAAGCAUUGGUCCACAGAAUCCAAUUCGGUGGUGAUGAGGUUGUCAAGGCCAAGGACGGUGCAGGUUCCGCUACCUUGUCCAUGGCCCAAGCCGGUGCAAGAAUGGCCUCCUCCGUCUUGAAGGGUUUGGCUGGUGAAGUUGACAUUGUCGAACCAACCUUUAUUGACUCUCCAUUGUUCAAGUCCGAAGGUGUCGAAUUCUUCUCCUCCAGAGUCACCCUUGGUCCAGAAGGUGUCCAAGAAGUCCACCCAUUGGGCGUCUUAUCUACUGCUGAAGAAGAAAUGGUUGCUACUGCUAAGGAAACCUUGAAGAAGAACAUCCAAAAGGGUGUCGACUUUGUCAAGGCUAACCCAUAG